AUGUGGAGCAGGUUUGGGUGCGAUCAUGAAUCCACUGAUCAAACCUCUGACUGUAACGCUGGAGAACAGCAGAUGCUGCAGACGCCGCUGAAGAUGUGCUCCGUCAAACUGGUGGACUGCAGGAACCUGAUCGAGAGCAGAGGAGAAGAAACCACCGCAGAGAAACAACAACACACUGAUGAGGAAGAGGAGGAGGAGGAGGAGAAUAAUGGGGAGGAAGAUGAUGAAGAUGAAGAUUUCAUUCCAGAAUUGAGUUGUGGUUCAUCUUCUGAUGGAGGUGAAGAAACCGUCUCGACAUCAAAAGAGCAGCUGACGGUCAAGAGUUUCUCCUGCAGCACCUGUGGAAAAACACUGAGUUCAGAGGGUCAUUUAAAGAGACACGAGAGAAAACACACAGAACAGAAAGAUUUCAGCUGUAGGAGAUGCAAAAUCAGCUUUCCUACCGCAGAAGAGAAGAGACUUCAUUCAAAAGAGCACAGCAGGAAGAAAGCGUUUCGCUGUGAACAAUGCGGGAAGGAUUUUUUCACCACUGCUCCUAAUAUGAAAUCUCAUAUAAAAUCACACAGCGAAAAGUCUUUCCACUGCAGUGAAUGUGACAAGUAUUUCACCACCAAAGGAAGUCUUGUUUCUCAUAAGCGAAUCCACACGGGAGAAAGACCAUACAAGUGUCCUCACUGCGAGAGAAGAUUCAUGUAUGCAUCUCAUCGGAAGACACACGUGCGUUUGCACACCAAUGAGAGACCGUAUCAGUGCAGUGAAUGUGGGAAAGCCUUUAGGCAGUUGUUUAGUCUAAAAUCACACCAAAAAAGGCACUCAGGUGAGAAACCGUUUCAGUGCAAACACUGCGACAAACGAUUCCGUCAAAGAUCUAAUCUGAACAUUCACGAGAGGAUUCACACUGGAGAGAAACCAUAUCUGUGCGCCCACUGUGGGAAGAGCUUUUCCAAUCCAUCUCAUUUUGUAUUUCAUAAGCGAGUCCACACCGGAGAAAAACCAUAUCAAUGCAGCGUCUGUGGGAAGAGUUUCAGUAAACAUGGUACAUUUCGAAACCACAAGAGGACUCAUACUGGAGAAAGACCGUUCAAAUGCUCACAAUGUGACAAGACGUUUGCUCGAUCAGACGUCCUUAAGGUCCAUCAGCGAGUUCAUACAGGAGAGAAACCUUACUCCUGCUCCAUCUGCGGCGAGAGAUUCGCUUAUUUAGGUAGUUUUCAGACCCACCAGAACAAACACGCUAAAGAACAAACUGCUCCAGAAUAAUCGGAGUGACUUUUCAUGUCUUGGUCUGUCAGUAAAGACGUUAUUUCUGCAGAUGCUUUCAUCAUUCAUGCCAUGUAAUAUAUGACAGUAACAUCACACACAUGAUGAUUUCAAUUUAAAACAUAAACCAUUUAUUAUGCAAAAGUUGAAUUUAAACGUGAUCCCAGAAUGAUUUCUGUGUUAUUAGCUUUCACCGGUUGUUAUAAUGGAAUAACAUACAUUGGAAUGUGGUGACUGACCAAUCAGAAUCAAGCACUCCACAGAGCCAUGUAAUAACUCAAACUAUUAUUGUAUACAUAUUGUACACACAAUUUUCCUGAUGUGGAAAAUAUCAGCAUUCAAAUCACAGGAGAAAGUCUUAAAUUUGAAGUCAUGGCAUUAUUUGUUACAUAUGCUCCAAAAAAAUGUAUAUCUUCCUUCCAGUACAGCUGUUUCUCUGUUUACUUGAGUGAUUCUCAUGAAAUCUACCAAGAAUGUCCAUGUUGUAAAAGUAAAUAAAGCCAAUAUUUAGGACCAUCAA